AUGACGGAGCGUUCAACUACAGAAGCCAUUCACCUGGUGAGGAGGUUGGUAGAGCAGUAUAGGGAUAAGAAGACUGACUUGCACAUAGUGUUUGUCGACCUUGAGAAGGCUUACGACAAAGUCCCAAGAGAGGUGUUGUGGAGAUGUCUAGAAGCUAGAGGUGUUCGUGUAGCAUACAUUAGAGCGAUUAAGGACAUGUAUAAUGGAUCCAAAACCCGGAUGAGGACGGUUGGAGGUGACUCGAAACACUUUCCAGUCACGAUGGGCCUGCACCAGGGGUCCGCGCUUAGCCCGUUUCUGUUUGUUGUGGCUAUGGACGCUCUGACAAGACACAUUCAAGGAGAGGUACCGUGGUGCAUGUUGUUUGCAGAUGACAUUGUGCUUAUUGACGAGUCGCGGAGCGGUGUUAACGCGAGACUGGAGGUUUGGCAACAGACUCUGGAGUCAAAGGGUUUCAAGUUGCGCAGGACUAAGACAGAGUAA